UUGAAAUGUAUUUAGGUAGAAUAAAAGAUCUAAUUCAAGAGUAGGGAAUCCUCAAUAAUAUUGACAGAUAACUACCAAGAACCUAUUGUUGUCGCUGAUUCGUCGGAUGUGAAAAAUCAAGGGGAUGAAAGGGUCAGAAAUUAUUUAAAUUUGAGCGAGAUAAGUCGGCGAAAAGACGCGCCUCAAGAGAGAACAGAUGCCAACCAAAUCGUUCAUCAGUUCGUAUUAUAAACUUUCCUGAUUUAGUUUUUUUGACCAAGUUUGAUUUAGAAUUUGUUUUUGGAGCUGGAAACUGAACUAGGUUAUUUAUGACGCUUUGAGCCCUUGUUGUUCAGGAAGGAAAGGAAAGCAGAAUUUGGCUUUGGGAAUUGCCGCGGCCAAGGGGAAGAUAUUGACAAAAAUUAGAAAAUGUAUUGAUCAAUGAUGAAUAAUUUGCAAGAGUAAAACCGAAAAAGUUCAGUAAUUAUUCAAGAACUCCGCAACAGGUGAAUGAAUUUUAAUAUGAAUCCUGCUCAAGAAAAACAAUCGGGAUCAAAAGACGCGACCGACAUUCGUCAAGGACCGAAGAAAACGCGCAAAGUGAAGACGCGUUCAUCCCGCGGGAAAAAAGUUCAAACCGAUAGAACUAAUUCGCGCUUCGGGAUUCGCUACUUACAUCAUCACAUGUUCGAAGAGGGCACUCCCGAAUCAAAACAACCUUGUCCAUCGGUCGAAUGUAAAUGUGGUUCGGGAAUGGCUGCUGUUUAUAGCGCCAAGACGUUGAUAGCCUUAACUUGCUCUAUUCUUAUCUUACUGAUCGGAGUUACAUUUAUGCUUGUCGGCUAUGUCAUUCCUCGUCGACCUGUCGUAUACAUUGAAAGAGGAGAUGGUUCGAGAAUACCAGUCGAUAAAACAGCUCUAACAUUUAACACAAUGCUCGAUGAUUUUACUUUAGUUGGAACAGUUCUUAUUUCGAUUGGUGCUCUGUUGUUCUGUGUAGUUCUUCUUCUACCAGUCUGUAGAGCGACAAACCGACGAGGUGACUAUAGGAAAGCACCGACAGAAGAAGCACCAGUUAGAAGAGAGAUGAGUAUGGAUUCCCUUUCGUCGAGUAAUCAAACAGACUCACUAGAAAGACGUUCAUCGUCUGGAGCUACUUCUUCUUCCAGUUCAAUACAAAAAAUUCCUGUUCUUGCUUUAGUUCAUAAUGUACAGCAACGAGAACCUCAGCGUUCGCCUUCAAACAUACACGAAUACAGACUUGCUGCAAAUAAACACAAGGAUUCAUUCGAGGAAGAGAAUUAACACCAAGCUUGGGCCUGAACUCUAUCAAGCUGACCCUUCUUAGUUACAGAGUCUUAUUACUAUGAAACGAAAUCAAUUUUAUUCAUAUCAUAUCGAGUCAAAAAAUAUUUUCAUAUCUCAGAUAAUAUUUAAAGAGUAGAAAGAAGAUUCUACGAGAUAGACUAUAGCAAAAUAUAUAUAUAAACGUUACCUUAAAAUAUUUAUAUGUAUUCGGGAUUGAUUUAUAGGCUUCCGCACAAAAGAAAUCAAUCCGACCAAAAAUUCGGUUUCCAACUGGUUCAAAGGAAACGAAGUAAGUAGAAUAUUUCCUUUUCACUCAUUCAGAACUUUUUUGAUAUUAAAGAAUACCUUCGACCUUAGAGUAUUGGAAAAGGUUAAGAAUUCUCGUCACAAACAGAAACCAAUGUAAAAAUACAGAUCUUGGUGGUGACAUCAAAAUUAAUUCUAUUUCGCGGAACGCAUGCAUUCUACUUCCGCUUCAAGAUGUUUUCUUGUGUCAAAAUUUCCAUCAGUUUGGAAGAAUUGGAAUCGAUUCAUUGAAUGAAUAUGAUAUACUACAUGUAAUUACUACAUGUAUUAUGUGUGAAUAUUUCACAUACAUAAGACAGCAAUUGAAAUCAUACCAAAACAUAUGCCAGAAAAAUAUCACUUUUCAUGUGUACAUAGGCAACUUUA